UUUUUCAUAGCGACACAGCCACCAUGGACGCUGAAUCCCAGCGUGCUUUGGAUUAUUUGACAGAAGUAGAGGAGGCAGCUGAGGAUGUUCUCACCACUAAACAGCAGAUAGUGGACCUGGACACAAAGAGAAACAGGAACAGAGAGGCACUUAAUGCACUGAAACAUGAAAUACCAGAUUCGGAGAAAGUUAAGGUUUGUUUCGGAAACAUGUUCAUCAAAUUUCCCAAAUCGAAGACGAGAGAUAUGAUUCAGAAAGAUCAAGAGCAGCUGGACAAGGAGAUAAACGACCUUCGCAAAGGACUGAAAGCAAAAGUCAAUCGUCUAAAUGAGAUACAAGGGAAACCUGAGCUGAGAGGCUACAAUCUUUCUCCACUGUCAACUGAUGAACUCAAAGCUGUUAACAGCCUCUUAAAGAGAUGACAUCAGAUCUACUAAUUGCAUACUACUUGUAAGGACAUAAGUGCAAAGACAACAUGUUGACAAGGUGCUGAAGAGCCUUGCCUGCAACAGCAGAUGGUACUGUAACAUGCUAACUUCUGGAUGACCCGAUGACACAUUAGCCCACUGGAUGAUUUACGACAUGGAUGUAAGGGACAUCUUCAUCACCCACCUUAAGGGCAUUUUUGAAAUUCUUGCCAAACAUUGCAUUCUAGGUCUUAAAUCUUCAAAAAGCAAAGUCAAGACAGAAAGUGUAUUUUGCCCUUCCCUCUUUUUUCUCGUUAAGUUCCACUCUGACAUUUUUCAGCCCCCUUGAUGAGCUGUCUGCUUUAAAACCGCCUCUACCCAGAGGCUGUGGUAUGAAGAUAAAACCCAAGUCGUUAUAACCUACAGCUCUCCUUUAAACGAUCUUUAGUAAUAACAUAAAUGCAGAUUGUUCUGUGAGAUUGGACACAAGGACUGUUUGAUAUGACCUCCUGUAGUGUCUGAGUAGGAACUCAGGCAGUGUGGUUGGUAAAUGGCCACAAGGUGGCAGUGCAGUGCAAGUGUACAACAGAAGGACAGAGGUUUGCUUCACUUGCUGCCUCCCCAGCCUCACAACCAACCUUCAGAUACCCCGGCACUAAUGCAGCACUGCCGUAUAAAAGGCUAUGUAACACAGACUUGGUUCUUGAAAGUUUGAUUUUUUGCAGCGUGUUUACCUAUGCAUAAUGUGAAAUAUUUGUUUUCAUGUUGUUUAACUUUUUAUGUCCUUUCUUAACCAUCUCGUCUUUGAGUAAGUAAGGGACACUGUACAGUGAGCAGGUCAUUAUUCUGAAAAAAAAAAUCUCACCACAGUGAUGGAGGAGGGGUCUUUUAUCACCCUGAAGGUGUUAAUUUUGCAGUAAUGACCCACUUGUUAUAUCCUUGCUUAUUACUAAAAAAAAUCAGUCAUUUGAGACAAAAUAUUCAUUUGAAAGUUUUUGUUGCUUCUGCUUCCUGUCUAUCAUCAGAACUGCGUCCAUAGCAACAGUCUGCUAUUCACAGGGCUCCUGUGCAGCAUGGAAAAGUAUGGAAUUUGAUUUAGUUCAUUUCAAGGUCUGAACAACUAUUGCAAAAAGAAUUGUAAAAAUAUUUGUAUUUUCAGACUAUUGCCCCUAUUCUGUUUUUUAAUAUGAAAUUCAGAAUUUCUAAAAAAAUAAAAAUAAAAAAAAUAAAUGAAUCAUACAA